GAACCAGUUGCAGGAAUCAGAUUUCUUGGGUGGGGAAAAUAUAAACUGAUAGCCCAUCUGGUUACGAUAAGCGGUCUUUGAUAUGACGGUUCCGUGCUGGAUCAGCUUCGGCGGCAGUGCACGUGACAUCACUGGCGUUUAAAAUGGGCCGCGAUCCUGUCAGAGCAGAAAAGAUACAGAGAACUGGAGGUGCGGAUACAUUGCGCGGACAGAGAAUUUCUUCUACCCUCAAAACACCUAAUUUGAAAAAAAAAAAUUUAAUCAAACGAUGUUUUCUAGAGGUUACCCAGAGUAGUAGAAAGUGUGGAAUAAUUUCUUGGUAAAGUUGUUUGCCAGUUGUGACAAGGUGUUUGGGCAUACAGUGACAGACUUCCUUCCGAAAAGAUGGAGGCUGGACGAGGCUGUCCAAGGUCAUUGGUCCUUUGGACUCUGCUGGGGCUUAUUUCUAUUACACAAGCCCUCAAUCCGGAUGACCCCAACGUCUGCAGUCACUGGGAGAGCUACGCGGUGACUGUCCAGGAGUCGUACGCUCAUCCUUUUGACCAGAUCUACUACACCAGAUGCACCGACAUCCUCAACUGGUUCAAGUGUACCAGGCACAGGAUCAGCUACAAGACGGCAUACCGGCGGGGCGUGAGGACCAUGUACAGGCGCCGCUCGCAGUGUUGCCCGGGUUACUUUGAGAGCGGAGACCUGUGUGUCCCUCUGUGUACGGAGGAGUGUGCUCAUGGCCGCUGUGUGUCACCUGAUACCUGCCAGUGUGAACCAGGGUGGGGAGGCCUGGACUGCUCCAGUGGUUGUGAGAGUGACUACUGGGGGCCGCACUGCAGCAACCGCUGCCAGUGCCAGAACGGGGCGCGCUGCAACCCCAUCACGGGCGCCUGCGUCUGCACCGACGGGUACCAGGGCUGGCGCUGCGAGGAGACCUGCGAGCCGGGCUACUACGGCAAGGCCUGCCAGCUGCCCUGCCAGUGCCUGAACGGCGCCACCUGCCACCACGAGACCGGCGAGUGCCUGUGCGCGCCCGGAUACACCGGAGCCUUCUGUGGAGAGCGCUGUCCCUCGGGCAGCCAUGGCCGCCAGUGUGAGCUGCGCUGUCCCUGCCAAAACGGUGGGGUGUGUCACCACGUCACCGGGGAGUGCUCUUGCCCUGCAGGUUGGACGGGCUCCGUCUGCGCCCAGCCGUGCCCAUUUGGCAAGUUUGGCAUCAACUGCAGCCAGGAGUGCCCGUGCCGCAACAGUGGGCUUUGCGACCACAUCAGUGGGCAGUGCCAGUGUGCGCCAGGCUACAGCGGGGAGAGGUGCCAAGAGGAGUGCCCAGUUGGCACCUACGGCCCUCAAUGCGCUCAGAAGUGCAACUGCCAGAAUGGCGCCAAGUGCUACCACAUCAACGGGGCGUGCUUGUGUGAUGAGGGCUUCAAAGGGGACAACUGCCAGGAGAGAUUCUGCCCCCCGGGGCUCUACGGCCUCAUCUGUGACAAGUACUGCCCCUGCAAUGCUAGCAACACCCUCAGCUGCCACCCUCUGUCUGGAGAGUGCACAUGUGUGGUGGGCUGGGCGGGAUUGUACUGCAAUGAGACGUGCCCGGCUGGUUACCACGGAGAGGGCUGCAGCCAGCCGUGCGACUGUGCCAACGGGGCCGACUGCGACGGCAUCACCGGAGCCUGCAUCUGCGCCCCUGGGUUUAUGGGAGAUGACUGUUCUGUAACUUGCCCCCCUGGACUGCAUGGAAUAAACUGCUCAUCCCCCUGCUCCUGUCGAAAUGAGGCUUCGUGCUCCCCCAUCGACGGCUCUUGCGUCUGCAGAGAAGGCUGGCAGGGUGUGGACUGCUCCAUUCUCUGCUCCAGUGGGACCUGGGGCCUGGGGUGCAACCAGUCCUGCCUGUGUGCCAACGGGGCAGCUUGUGACCCUGUGGACGGCUCCUGCACCUGCUCCCCGGGCUGGAGGGGGGAGCACUGUGACACACCCUGUCCCGUGAGUCCCGCCCCCACCAGACUUCUCACCCAUAGCCUCACUUCAUCUCAGGACCCAAUUGUGUGCUGUGACCCGGUGAGCGGGUACUGCCGGUGCCUCGCUGGCUGGACAGGGGUCCACUGCGACAACGUCUGCGUCCAGGGCCGCUGGGGACCCGACUGCUCCAUCACCUGCUCCUGCGAAAACGGCGGCUCCUGCUCCCCCGAGGACGGGACCUGCGUCUGCGCCCCUGGAUACCGUGGGACGUCCUGCAAGCGCAACUGCCCUCCUGGGUUCUACGGUCAGCGCUGUAGCCAGGCCUGCCCACAGUGUGUACACAGUGCCGGACCCUGUCACCACAUCACCGGACACUGCGACUGUCUGCCCGGCUUUUUCGGCUCUCUGUGUAACCAAGUGUGCUCCAGUGGCAGGUAUGGAAAAGGCUGUGCAGAUGUCUGCCUCUGCACCAACAACGGCACCUGCAACCCCAUUGACGGCUCCUGCCAGUGUUUCUCCGGCUGGAUUGGAGAUGACUGCUCCCAGGCCUGCCCUCCAGGACACUGGGGUCCUGACUGCAUCCACCUGUGUAACUGUCACAAUGGAGCCCAGUGCAGCGCCUAUGAUGGGGAGUGCAAGUGCAGCCCAGGCUGGACCGGCCUUUACUGCACUCAGCGCUGCCCCUCUGGGUUUUUCGGGAGGGACUGUGCGGAGGUGUGUCGCUGCCAGAACGGGGCAGACUGUGACCACAUCAGCGGGCAGUGCACCUGCCGCACCGGAUUCAUGGGGACCAGCUGUGAGCUGAAGUGUCCUCCUGGGACAUUUGGUUAUGGGUGCCAGCUCCUGUGUGAGUGUCUGAACAACGCCACCUGUGACUAUGUAACAGGAACCUGUUACUGCAGCCCUGGGUAUAAAGGCAUCCGCUGUGAUCAGGCUGCCCAGAUGAUGGAAGAGUUGAACCCCUACACUAAGAUCAGCCCGGCGCGGGCGUCAGAGCGCCAGUCUGUGGGCGCGGUGAUGGGCAUCAUCUUCCUCCUGCUCAUUAUCAUGUCCAUGCUGAGCCUGUUUGUGUGGUACAGGCUUAGACAGCGGGAGAAAGGUCAUGACAUGCCCAGCGUCUCCUACACCCCUGCCCUGCACAUCACCAACACCGACUACUCCCUCUCCGACACCUCUCAGAGCAUUAGCAAUGGCCAGUGCUUCUCAAACCCCAGCUACCAUGCGCUUGCCCACUGCAGCCUUGCUCCUCACCUCAGCAACAACCUGGACAGCAGAACUACUGCCAAGACGCAAAGCCAGAGGGGAAGCAGGACCAGCCUGGACUGGAGGGGCUACCGAAACCUCGGCGAGCUCGAUUACAUGAAGGGCUCCAUGUGCAGCUCCAGCACCUGCUCCCUGAACAGCGAGAACCCCUACGCCACCAUCAAGGACCCGCCCGGCGUGGCCUGCAAGCACACCGAGAGCAGCUACGUGGAGAUGAAGUCCCCCGCCCACCAGCUGUCCUUCUGCUCCUCCGCCACGCCCACCCCCACGGCCACCAAGAACAUCUACGACGUGGAGCCCACGGUGAGCGUCCUGCAGGGAGGAGGCGGGAUGGUGCCCAGUUUCCCCCAGGACCCCUACGACAUGCCCCGCAACAGCCACAUCCCCAGCCACUACGACCUGCUGCCCGUGCACCUCAGCCCCACCCACUCGCCCCCGCCCCCAGACAGCCCCCCCAGCUCCCUGCUGUAGGGCAACCGACCCCCCACGGAGCCGCUGCUGGCCUUCCCUGCUGCUGAUUUCACAGACAGGGCCCCCUCCGCCCCCCCCCCAACUCUGCCCCUGGCCAGCACCACACUCUCUCCUUCACCGUACCACGACUGUGAGCCCCCAGGUAGUCGUUGAGCAGGUGUGGAGUGUCCAGCGGCCAGCUGAAGCUCCUCUGCCUCUCUCUAGCGGUCUUUGUUUACAUUACUCAUCCAGCGAUGAGGGCCACCUCCUGAUGGAACUCUGACACCAGCGACAUUUUCUCUUUUUUUUCACAAAGACAGAUGAGCUUUGGACAUGCUCCAGUCCGUAAUGUACUACAACUGAUCUGAGGAGGGACGGUGGGGGCAGCUGAUUGUAAAUGAACAGCAUGAGCAGCCAGCCCAUCUGUGGAUCCUGACAGACACUGCACUGCCAAAGCUGAAGGUGCUGUGAUCCUACACACCCCUCGCCAAAGGGACAGCAUAGAUAAAGUGUGAACAUGAUGGGCCAAUAGCCCAUAGGGCAAGGAUGCCCCAUUACUGGUAAUGACCAUUUGUCUUGUCUACCAGGAAGGAACAUGACUGAAACAUGGCCUGUUAUUUCUAAGCACCAGGAGUGAACAUGACCAACCAAUUGCCCAUCAAUUGUAAAAACCAGGAGUGGAUGAUGGUGGAUCUGGAUGCUGCUGUGUGGAAACGUCUUAUCAAAGGUCAUGGCCGCACUGAGCUUUAAUUCUGUACUAAAAGAAUCCCCCUUCUUUCAUUACAGACUCAAGUGAUAAAGCAUGGUUAAACAGAACAAGAAGUGGCAAUGAUCUUAAUCAGUGAAAACCAGUGCAUAAAAUGACCAGAGUUGGAUUUCUGAUCUUUUUUUAAAACCUUUUUUAUUAGUUUACAUAAAUACAACUCAACGCAGAUAGCUUUCUUUUCUCUUGGGAAGAUAUUUUUUUUUUUUUGUAUUUAAUGUAUUCAGUAAUUGAUUUACUUAAAUUAGUGAUAGUGAAUUUUGUUAGUGAGAGGCUUAAACAAACAAAAAAGCAAGCAUGGCCAAAAAAUUAGUGCUCUAUAUAGUUAACUGAAACAUAAAUAUAUUUCUCCAUGUGCUCAGACAUCUGCAUUUUUAAAGAUAUAAGGGAAAAGCUCUGUGUGACUGGACUGCUAUGGUUGCCAAAUUAUUGUCUGAAUGGUACUGCCCACAGAAAAUGAUCUUUUAAAAAAGGAACGAUGUAGCAUAGCAGUAUACUUUAUAAAGGACAAAUGGAGGAAGCUCAUUAAAAUCUUUUAGAAUUAAUAUUGUUAUUUUCUUUGAUAAAUGUAAUGACAUAGGUAACGUGUUUAAUUUAGAUCAAAAUUCUUUAGCACGAGUAGCAAUUCCAAUUCACAUCUUCAAGAAGCAAUAACAUGUUGACAAUCAUAUACAUGCAGACUUCAUUCAAGUCCAUAGCAAACAACAGUCAAUGUAUGUCUGUGAAUUCAGGUUUGUGUAUGAAUUUCUUGUGCAUUGAAAGAGAAAAGGGGAGUUGAUACCAGAUGCUGUUAAUUCCCGUGCUGCUUGAUGUUUUCUUUAAUAAAAUACAAAAUAAAGUUGCCAUA